UUUUCACUUGGCGGAAAAAUAUAACUUUAUCAUGGCGGCGCAACCUCAUAAAGUCAGUAUUGUAUUCAUUUUGAUAUGUUGUAUCUUGGAAAGCAUCGCAAUUGUAAUUGCUGUUUACUCGUUGCACUCUGAUUGCGUUUUGGGUGGAGAAAUAGCUAUAUAUAUUUUUUUUUUCUUUCUUUUAAUUCCUUCUGCUUGGUUACUGGAUGCCAUUUUACUUUUAUGUUUGUUUUUUAUGAAAAAUCUUGGUGUCGAUCCAAUGACUAUUGUUUUCAAUUUUAUUAUUGCAAUAAUGUGCUUUAUAUCUGGAGCUGUUAUGUUUUUAAUAUUAACAACACUUUGUGGAAAUAAAACUCAAUUUUUCCUACUUCUGGCUGGUCUUCUUUGUAUUAUAUCGGCUAUAGUACAUCUAAUUCAUGGCAUAUAUGGACACAAACAUCUGCCUAUGAGUGAAAAGUGUUGGAACAAAAGACAAACAAAGUUGAAGAAAUAAUGUAUAUAUACCAUAAAGUUAAAAAAAUAUAUUUACAGU